AUGCCGUUGGUAAGAGUGGAGGUAAGGAAUGAAUACAGACUCGGAGCUCCGGAGCUGUACAGAGAGGCGAACAAGGAGGAUCCGAAGGAGGUGCUCGACGGCGUAGCUGUAGCUGGUCUCGUAGGGAUCUUACGUCAGCUCGGAGAUCUUGCUGAAUUUGCAGCCGAGGUCUUUCACGGUUUACAGGAGGAACUGAUGAUAACAUCUUCUAGAAGCCAUAAACUGGUGGCUCGUGUGCAACAUAUUGAAGCUGCACUUUCUCCAGUUGAGAAGGCUGUACUGGCCCAAAGGAGCCAUUUACAUUAUGCCUACACAGCUGGUUCCAAUUGGCAUCCUCGCAUCCGGUGUCAUCGAAAUCAUUUUGUAUACAGUGACAUGCCCCAAUUCAUUAUGGAUUCCUAUGAAGACUGCCAUGGACUUCCACAUUUGUAUUUGCUUGAUAAGUUUGACCCUGGUGGCCCUGGAUCUUGCCUGAAAAGGUAUUCAGAUCCAACUUUCUUUAAGAAAGCUUCAGCAGGAGCUGGUAAAGAGAAAAUUUCAAACGAUAAAAAGGUUCGCAGGAUCCAGAGAAAAGGAUCAUGGGCCAGGAGUAGUAAAGUAUCUCGAGAUGCAUCAUUUUUCAAUCAUAGUGGCAGAACGCAAUUCCGUCAAUCGAGUGUUGAUGGGCAAACUUCUCCUUUUCAAACAGUGCCGACAUUUGAUGCUACAUUAAAAUCCGAUGUGGCAGAGCAAUCAAAUUUAGAUUCAAGAAAUGGAUCUGGCUACAUUGAAUGUGUUUUCCGUCCAGUUUAUUCCAUUCAACCCGAAGAACUAGAAUCUAAAGAAUCCUUUUCUUCUCCAUUAAAAAACCAAAGUUAUUCCCUUGAUUACGAGUUUCUCAAGGAGAAGGGUGCUGAUGCGGAUGAUGAUAGUCAAAUCAAUUUAUCAGAAGAGCAAACUAGACGUAGUUCACCUUCUGUUACUUGGGAAGAAAAGGCAGAUAUGCUGGAGCCCAAGGCAGAGGAGUAUGAUAGUGAUGAAAAUUUAGAGUCAUCUUCCUCAAAUUUUGACCUAGAUACACAGACAGGUGGAGCAGUUGGUUUUGGGACUGCUAGCAAAAUGGAUGACCAACUUUGUAACCACGAUGUGCCAAUGUCAAAGCCUGGUGAUAUCCAGGUUGAUGACUUUGAGGGGUAUGGAGCAGUUAAUUUUGGAUCUGUAGACCAAAUGGAUGUCCAACUUUGUAAUCACAAUGUGCCCAUGUCAAAGCCUGGUGAUAUACAUCUUAAUGACAUUGAGGGGGAUGGAACAGUUAAAUUUGGAUAUGAGGACCAAAUGGAUGUCCAACUUUGUAAUCAUGAUGUGCCAACGAUAAAGCCUGGUGAUAUCCAGAUUGAUGACAUUGAGGAGAAUGAAGCAGUUAAUUUCGAAUCUGUGGACCAAAUGGAUGCCCAGUUUCGUAAUCACGAUGUACCAUCGUCAAAGCCUGGUGAUAUCCAGCUUGAUGAAAUUGAAAGUGAAACAGAUCAUUAUAUGGAUGCACUUAACAGCAUUGAGUCAGAGCCUGAAUCUGAUAUAGACUGCAUGACAAAGCAAGAAGUACUGCAUUACAAUAAAUUGGAUGAUAAGAAAAUAGAUGAUGAUGGAUCGUUUGGGAUUGUUACGCGACAUUCUGAUUGUCAUUCAUCAAAUUUUGAAUCCAACUUUAUGGACAACGGCUCUCUGAACAAUGAUAGUUAUGUACAUAAUGCCAUUUCAGUGUCUCCGGAUACUCCUCCUGCAGCUUCUUGUUAUACUGACGAAGUAACUAAAGAGGAUAAAUUUAACUCAAUCUCCUCUGAGAAUAAUGCCUGUUUAAUAUCCCCUCAAAUGGAUAGCAAAUCCUUGGAAACAGGCCGUCCACAAAAUGUUGAUGGCCCAAGCAGAGAAAUUGUUUUCAGCGAAGUAUCAUCAUCUAACUCCGGAAAGGAUAAUUCAGGAAUGCCAAUUGGUAGUCCUGAGUCUCAGAAACCUCCACCAGAAUCUUCAAAUGUUACUUCAGUUAAGUUCUGGACUAAUGGUGGCUUGCUAGGACUGGAGCCAUCAAAGCCUCCAGAUUUUAGUGUAAUGAAUGCUCUCGCUCAAGAUUCUGUGAAAGAAGGAAAUGCCAAAAUUAGAACCUUUAGUCAGAGCAAUAAUUUUGGUGGCAAUGGAGAUAAAGGGAAACCCGAUAAAUUGGAAAAUGCACCGGGUGUGAAACCGGGUUCCGAUAUGGGUUACUCCACAUCAUGCCAAGAUUAUCAAGAAAAUGAUUUCUCUCUUAGGCAGAGAUCUUGUAAAUAUUCGCCUGCUGAUUUAAAUGUCAAAGCUACCACAGCGUGGCAGGAGAAUAACCAAAGUUCAUCUCGGAUGAUUGAAACUGGUGUUUUUGAGCAUAAAAAUUGUCAAAAGUUUGCAUAUCAAACAUUCCCAGGGAAGACUAAAGGUUUGUUUGGAGGCAAAUCUCCCACUAGGUCACCCUCUUCAUCUCCACCGCUUGAGCAUAUGAAAAUAUCUUUCCAGCCAAUAGAUGCCUUUGAGACUUCCAAGCUGAAAUUGAAAUUUCGUGAUGGUAAUAGUAGUUGUGAAAGCAGCAAAGAUACCUUUCACUUGUUUCAGUUGAUCCCAGAACCAUCCAUUGCACGAUUCAGUGUUGGUUUGGACUCAGAUGAUGAUACAUUCUAUAGAUCCUCUCCUUCUGUGUCAGAUGAUUGUCUUAGCCAUCAGUCAGAAAUGAAUUCCGAGCAGUGGGAGUCUGGCGAAUCUCCCAGAAGCAAGGACUGUGAUUUAUAUGAUGCUUUGCGUAGAAUCUCAUUGUCAGAAUCUGUUUCAACAACUCUAGAAAAUGGGACUGUCCAGGGAGAGACCCCCAAGAAUUCCACUCUUCCAAAUUCAUUUAUUGAAAACGGUGUAGAAAAUUCUCAACCUGACUGUUUGUUGGAUCUUCCGAGUCUUGACUCCGUAAAUCAUUUAAUCCAGGAAGAACAGAGAAAAAAUUCCCUUAAAAAUGGUCUUCCAGAACUGCGACUUGAACCUACCCCUUCUCCACCUCUCCCUCCACUGCAGUGGCGGGUCAUGAAUCCAUAUUCAGACGAUGUAGAAUAUGGCCCAGUCGCUGCUAUUCAAGCCCCUAACCAUGCAUUUGAUCUGAAACUUUCGGCCCCUACAAUUCCUCGGCAACCUAAGCCAUCCCCAGUUGAUCAAGAUCAAAUUAUUGAGGCUGAGAAUGUGCUAAAAAGCACGCAUUUGGAAUUACAGAAGCUAAAUGGAGGAAGAGAAGCUAAUCAGGCUGUAAAUGGCGAGAGUGUGGACGAAAAGGACAACUUCCUGCAGCAAAUUAGGACAAAGUCAUUCAGUCUGAGGCCAACCGUUACAUCAAAACCAAUUAUCCCAACAGGGGGUCAUGCCAAUGGCAAAGUCACUGCAAUUUUGGAGAAGGCAAAUGCAAUUCGCCAGGUUGUUGGAAGUGACGAUGGGGAAGAUGAUAAUUGGAGCGACCCUUAA